UGCAGGGCGCCAGGCCAGGAACUCCGUUUCUUCCGUCCCAGGAAGUUUCUGUUAUUCUGUGGACUCAGCCACCCACUCAAGUGCCAGGCUCUGCUCCCUGGGGCUGGAAGCCAGGGGAGGGAAAUUCAGCUACAGAUGCCAGAUAUUCGGGGUCCCCCCACCUGAAAGCCAUGCUGGGGGACCCUGAACUUGCGUGAGCCUCCUUGCCUGCCACUUCGGACCGGAUCCCAGGGAACAAAACUUGGGCAGUCUUGGCUUGCACCCCACGAUGCCUUUUACAUUUUGUCACUGUUACUACUGUCUGUGUGAGUGUGGACCCCAGCAUGGCACAGCACGUGUGUGUGUGUGUGUGUGUGUGUGUGUGUGUGGUCACAGGACACCUUUUGGGAGUCAGUUCUUGCCUCUCACGGUGGUGGGUUCCUGGAAUCGAACUCCAGCUGACCGUCUUCCAGGGACAGGGUUUUACGCCUGAGCCAUCUCACAGGCCCUCAAAGCCUUUCCUCCUCCUCCUCCUCCUCCUCCUCCUCCUCCUCCUCCUCCUCCUCCUCCUCCUCCUCCCCCUCCUCCUCCUCCUCCUCCUCCAUGCAUUUGAACCUUGGGCCAACUCCUUACAGCUUCUUAAACGUGUCAUUUUCCAGGGACUAGGCUGGGACUGUCUGGGGGCACAAGCAGGUACUCGACCAACCGAAAGACGCUUAGGACUGAGCCAACUCAGGAACAGGGGUCUGCGUUGGAGAGGAAACCGGGCCUGGCCGCGGGGUGCCUCUGUUCCGCCCCACCCCCACGGACACCAGCGUCCUCAUCAGGGGUUCUGAGCUCUCCGGUUGCCGCUGUCUGGACCCUGAGAAACCGGGGACCCUCACCCCAGCCGCAAAGGAGGCACCGGCAAGUAACUUGCACCAGCCUUGUCCCACAAGCUACACGGAGUUCACCCCGGAGUGCUCCCAGGGGGGCACUAAGACGCGAGCACUCAGGGGUGUUUUUGUCCCCCCCCCCCCACGGUGGCACGGGUUAGGCCAGAUUCCAAAUUCUGGCUCUGGAAAAUUCCAUAGCCUGAAUCCAGCCGCGGGGAGCCGGGCUAAUCCCUCCCCAUUUAUUGCGUUAUGUAACAUCCAGGGAUUAAUACUGGAGGCAGAUGGCGGGGCUCACACCCUGCCCUGUGCCUGCCUGGCUCUGUGAGUGAGGGGACUCCCACCUGGCACACGGAGGCGGGGCCGGGGGCCCGGAUUCCUGCGCUGCAGAAAUGGCUGCGCGCAGCAGGAGCGGGGUGGGGGCUGAGGGUGGGCUCGGGUGAGAGGUAGCCCGGGGUUCUGCGAAGUGCCCCGGCUUCUUCGGUAUCUCCUCUACCAGCCCCAUCCAAGCCUCCACCUCCCGUGAAGGGUCAGUUCUCACUCAUGCGCACCGCCUGCCCCCCAUCCUGGUGGCCGACUCUUCCACGGCACCCCACCCCACGGUGCCCCGUUUGUGCCCACAGCCUUGCAGCCCUGCUUCUUUGGUCCCUAGGUCCUCAAACCUUCACAGGCUGCCCUCCUGGGUCCUGCUGUGGCUUCCCAGGGCCCAAGUUGAGGGAGCCCCACAGGUCGCCUCUGCAGGGAGGACCCAGCCAGUUGUACUGGGUCCACUAGCCUCAGGCCUCGCGUGUACCCCAGACAGACUCCUGGGGCCGGCCUCUCUGCAGAGGAACCAGCCGAGCCCUCUGGGCCUCAGUCUCCCCGGUGGGUGAACCGGGUGCUGUCAACAGGUCCCAGGAGGCGCAGGGAUGGGAGCGUGGUAGAACCGAGCCUGGCUCCGGGUUGGCGCCAACCUCUCGGCUCCGGGUGCUGCCAGGAUCCCAUGGGCGUCCGUGCUCCGCCCCGCCCCGCCCCCUCUCUCCAAUAAGACCCGCUCCGGCGGCUGGGCGGGCGGCCCAGAGCAGCAGCGGCGCCGCAGGCGCACAGUGUGGCGCAGUCCCCGGCCCGCCGCGCGCCCAGGCUCACCCGGCGCAGAUGGAGCCCCGGUCCCAGCGGCGGCGGCGGAGCCGCCCGCUGGUGGCCACCUUCCUGCGCGACCCGGGCUCGGGGCGCGUGUACCGGCGCGGGAAGCUGAUCGGCAAGGUGGGAGUUCCCGCGCGCGCUCACACACCCCGGAGUUCAAAACGCGGGAAGAGGGAGAGCUGGGGGCAUCUCCGGCAGGGCGGGAGUGUGGAGCGCGAGAUCGCCCUGCACAGCCGCCUGCGCCACCGCAACAUCGUGGCCUUCCACGCGCACUUCGCGGACCGCGACCACGUGUACAUGGUCCUGGAGUACUGCAGCCGCCAGUCCCUGGCUCACGUGCUGAAAGCGCGUCGGACCCUGACCGAGCCUGAGGUGCGCUAUUACCUUCGGGGCCUGGUCAGCGGCCUGCGCUACCUGCACCAGCAGCGCAUAGUGCACAGGGACCUGAAGCCCAGUAAUUUCUUCCUUAACAAGAACAUGGAGGUGAAGAUCGGGGACCUGGGCCUGGCCGCCCGCGUGGGGCCCACCGGUCGCUGCCACAGGGUGCUCUGCGGGACUCCAAACUUCCAGGCUCCCGAGGUGGUGUCCCGGAGUGGACACUCCUGCCAGUCUGACAUCUGGGCGCUAGGCUGCAUCAUGUACACGGCGCUGACCGGCUCCCCGCCCUUUGCUGGGGCGCCCCUGCCGGAGAUGUACCAGAAUAUCCGGGACGGCCGCUACCCCGAGCCCGAGCACCUGUCGCCCAGCGCGCGCAGCCUCAUCACGCGGCUGCUGGCGCCCAACCCUGCCGAGCGGCCCAGCCUGGACCACGUACUGCAAGAUGACUUCUUCACUCAGGGCUUCACCCCAGAGCGGCUGCCCGCGCACUCCUGCCGCAGUCCGCCCGUCUUCGCCUUCCCGCCACCGCUGGGCAGACUGUUCCGAAAAGUGGGCCGGCUCCUGCUGACCCAGUGCCGGCCGCCCUGUCCCUUCACCUCGAAAGAGGCUUCAGGCCCCGGAGAGGAAGGGACAGAGCCUGACCGCAUGGAGUCCAGCAGCGAGGAAGGGGCUCCUCCCUGCCCUGAGAGCCGCGUCCACCUCCUCACUCUCGGGGCGCUGCAGACCGACCUGGCGGACCCAGAGGGGGACCUGGCACCCCAGGUGGAGGCGGCAACCAGGAAAAUGCAUCUCUGCUUGGACGCAGGACCUAUGGCGGCACAGGACCCCCCAGGGGAGCAGCAGCCGGUCCUCUGGGCCCCCAAGUGGGUGGAUUACUCCCUCAAGUACGGCUUUGGCUACCAGCUGUCGGAUGGGAGCAGUGGCGUGCUGUUUCGGGACGGCUCCCACAUGGCCCUGCACCCCCCAGGAGGGCAUGUCUCCUACCGGCCUGACCAGGGGACUCUGUGGACCUUCGCCCUGAGGGACGUCCCCAGCCCGCUGAGGGCCAAGCUGGCUGUCCUGCGGCUCUUCGCCUGCUACAUGCAGAGGCGCCUGCGGGAGGAGGGGACUGUGUCCACGCCCGUGGCGCCUGCCUCUCCCGACUUCUCUCUGUUGACCUUCGCUGCCGACUCCCAGGCUUUGGUCCUGCUCUUUAGCAAUGGGACGGUACAGGUCAGCUUCAGGACGUCCCAAACCCAGCUGGUUCUGAGUGGGGAGGGCGAAGCCUUUCUGCUCACCCUGUGGGAGCCGGGAGGACCCAGGACGGGCAUCUCCUACUCCCUGGAUGUCCUGCGGGGCCACGGAUGCACCCCCGCCAUCCACCAGCACCUGCUCCUCGGGCUGCGCCUGCUGCAGAGGAUCCGAUGAGGGUCUGCGCGGGGGUUGGGGGGGUAGACGGGACGGACACCUCUGCACGUUGGUGCUGGAGACCUGGGCUCUGCGUCUGUUUGCUACGGCUCCAGAGCUGGCGUCCAUGGAGGGUGGACACCACGUUGGGGGCUCUCUUUGAUUGAUGGUCUGACUAUUCAUGCUAGAAUUUUGUUGGGCCCUGAUGGAUCUUCAUUAAAGAAAACAUGGCGCUGUAA